AACGGUUACAACGUGAACACUAAAAGCAGUAUAAUUGCUGUCACUUGAGCCGCUCUAAUAAUUAUAUCGUUUUAGUCCUGACCGAGAAAGAGAGCUAAGUGCUCCACCUAUUAUACCUCAAAUCGUUAUUUGAGUCACGAUCAUUUGACUGCCGAUACAAUCGUGUAUAGUUUGUAUUUGUAACUUGUAUUGUUGUUGUGCACCGUGCGUUACCAUGACGUUGAAUGACGAUGCAACGUCGCCACGUGAUCACGUGUCAUCACCACCUGAUCACUAUGACGACGUGACGUCAUCACCAUACUACUCCAGUGUUCCUGAUUACAUGGCAGAGAACUUCAGUAAGGCUCAGCUCGACGAGUUUAAGGAGGCGUUUGCUCUGUUCGAUGGGAAGAGUUCAGGAUCUGUUCCUGUAGAGGAGAUUGGGACUAUCGUCAGAUCUCUAGGACACAAUCCGAGUAAGACAGAUGUGCAGAGCAUACAGGAAGAGCUGAGGAAGGAGGGAAAGAGUGAGGUAGAGUUUGGUGACUUCCUGGGGGUACUGGCUAAAUAUUUCAAAGAUUUAGAAGUCGAUCCAGCUACUGAACUGAAACAAGCUUUUAAAGUGUUUGACAAGAAAGGAGAUGGGACUAUUAAUGUAAACGAGCUUAUUCACAUAUUAUCCACCUUAGGGGAACAGCUCACAGAAGACGAGAUAGAAAGGAUGUUAGCGGAGGGUAACAUUGAGUCAAACGGCGAAAUAAACUACGACAUGUUUGUUAAAUUAAUAACGAGUAUCUGCUGUUUUGGUGUGGCUCGUAGCGCAAGCAUAUCUCUAUGUAACAAAGAGGAAAUGGCAGACGCACAACAAAUGUGUGAUGAUUUGGAAAAGCAGAUAGCCAGCUUGAAGAUAGCCUUCUGAUCAGCUAGCAGUUAGCCAGCUUGAAGAUAGCAGCUGGAUUGCAGCUGGAUUCUUCAACCAUACCAGGGCUUAAAAAAUAUAACAAGGCAGCUAGCAAUAAGUUUUAUUAUUGACUUAAUCUCUUAAUCAAUGAAUUAACUUCACGACUUUUGCUGUUUGCAUUAAUUUUUGGGGUCUUGAUUAAUUGAUAUUUUUAGAUACUGCAUGAUGAGAUAGCUUUGGGGAUUUGUUUUUUGAAAAAAUAUUAUCAGAUUCAGUAAUCAGUUAUGGUCCAUUGUUAGCUUCGUAUGUUAGAGUAGUUAGUGAUGGUGAUUCUUGGCAAUAUUAUCCAGUAUAUCAUAUUAUAUACUAUGGCAUAAUUGGAUUAGCCGUUUCUUAUUUUCACAAUUUAAAGAUGUUUUUAAAAGUAGUCUUUAUAUCAAG